AUGGAGGUUCUGAUUUCAGCAGCUGCGGGCGAUCUUGUCAGCAGGUUCAUCUCUUUCCUGGCUCAAAGUUAUGGCACUCACACAUGCGAGGAGGAGGAUCGUACAAGGCUGGAACGCAUCUUGCUGAGGAUGCACAGCGUUGUUGAAGAAGCAGAGGGGCGGCACAUCACAAAUCGAGGGAUGCUCCGGCAGCUGAAGGCGCUCAUCGAGGGUAUGUAUCUUGGGUACUACAUGCUGGACAGGCUCAGGGUCCAGUCUCUUGGAGAAGAGAGCAUCGAAGAUGACGAGCCUGAUAAUAAUUUGUUGAGCUCGCCGGAGCUGGAGGGGGAAGAGAAGGCUGAGGUUGCAUAUGAGACAGGAGGAAGCAACAGCUUCGGGAUGCAGGUUUCUGCCGGCGGCCAUGGCGGCUACAGCGACGCCGAUGAUGCCGUCGACUUCCGCGGCAACCCGGUGGACAAAUCCAAGACCGGGGGAUGGCUCGGAGCCGGACUUAUCCUAGGGACGGAGCUUGCGGAGCGUGUGUGCGUGAUGGGCAUAUCCAUGAACCUGUUCGACGGCCGGAACCCGCGGGAGGAGCGCGCCAUGGUCUUCUUCUUCAACCGCUUCUACUUCUGCAUCAGCCUAGGGUCCCUGUUCGCGGUCACCGUGCUGGUGUACGUGCAGGACAACGUCGGACGGGGCUGGGGCUACGGCGUGUCGGCCGCCGCCAUGGCCCUCGGCGUCGUCGUGCUCGUGGCGGGGACGUCCAAGUACAGGUACCGGCGGCCGGCGGGGAGCCCGCUCACGGUCAUCGGUAGGGUGCUGUGGACGGCGUGGAAGAAGCGCAAGCUGCCGACCCCUGCCAAUGCCGAUGAGCUCAAUGGAUUCCACACGGCCAAGGUGGCCCAUACUGACAGGCUCAGGUGCCUCGACAAAGCUGCAGUGAUGGAUCAAGUCGACCUGGCCGCAACUCCGAAAAAGCAGGAGCAGGCAUCAACCUCAACAAUGACGGAAGUGGAGGAGGUGAAGAUGGUGGUGAAGUUGAUGCCUAUCUGGUCCACCUGCAUCCUCUUCUGGACAAUAUACUCCCAGAUGACCACAUUCUCCGUGGAGCAAGCCACCCGCAUGGACCGUCGCCUCAAUGCCGGCUUCGAAAUCCCCGCCGGUUCCCUCUCCGUCUUCCUCUUCCUCUCCAUCCUCCUCUUCACCUCCCUCAACGAGCGCUUCCUCGUGCCGCUCGCCGCCCGCCUCACCGGCCGCGCGCAGGGGCUCACCUCGCUCCAGCGCGUAGGAACGGGCCUUGUCUUCGCAACCGUGGCCAUGGUCGUGGCCGCGCUAGUCGAGAAGAUGCGCCGCGACGCGGCGAACGGGGAGUCGCAAGUUGCCAUCAGCGCGUUCUGGCUGGUGCCGCAGUUCUUCAUUGUGGGCGCCGGCGAGGCGUUCGCGUACGUGGGGCAGCUCGAAUUCUUCAUCCGCGAGGCGCCGGAGAGGAUGAAGUCCAUGAGCACGGGCCUUUUUCUGGUCACGUUGUCCAUGGGGUUCUUCUUGAGUAGCUUCCUCGUUUUCCUUGUCCACACCGUGACAAGAGGGGCAUGGAUACGGAAUAACCUGGAUAGGGGGAGGCUUGACUUGUUCUACUGGAUGCUGGCUGUGCUUGGGGUGGUCAACUUCGUUGUGUUCGUGGUGAUUGCGAGGCAGCACGAGUACAAGCCCAACACGUCAGUGGUUGUGGCUCCCACUGAGGGGGACAACGAUACCACGAAAAAGGAGACGGACGGCGUCCUUGUGGUUAGUGAGAACACUGUGGGGAUGGAUGUGUAG